ACACAUUUUUCCAAGGUUCUACUUGUUUCUCGACCGCAAUGGACGAAUUCGACAAUCACAGCAAGCUUUCAGAGCAGAUUCUCAAAACAGUCGAGGAGUUUCAGGCAAUUUUCGUGCGAAUUUUCUAUAUCAGAAGAAAUGCAGAGUUGGAUUCGAACGAAAUUCGCCGAAAGAUACAGAAUUUGUCGCAGGAGCUCCAAAGGCUCGACAAUGACAUUACCAUACUCCGAGAGAGACAGGUGCACUUGCUGGAGAAUGGCCUGCAUUUAGAGGAGAUUGGCUUGCCGCGCGAUUUCGUCAGCUCGAAAAUUAGGCGAUAUGAAACCGACCAGGACGUGUUGAUGAGGGACGCCUAUUCCGCAAGAGAGGAGGACUCGGCCGUGUACAGCGAGGCAGAUAAACUGCUGGAGAAGAGGAUUGGCUCGAAGUUCAUGAGGACGAGCACCACCGCUCCUCUUUGCGAGCAGACACCCAAGAAGAAGUGGGGAUACCUCCUGGAUAUGUUCAGGGAGUGGAAACAGGAAACGAACCUCGCCAGUGGGUGGUACAUUUCGGAGACGAAAAUAGAGGAUAUCGUGGACAAGGAGAUCGCGAAGAUCCGAAGCGUCGUUUUUUCCCUAAUUCAGAGCAAGACGUUGUCCGAAGAGGAGUCCAGGUUGCUCUCUCUGUUGCAGGCGAGGCUCAAAAAUUUGUUGCAGAUAAAGAGGAUUUUGUCCGACGCCAAAUAGGAGUGGGAGUUCCUGCGUUGUCCCGGACAAGAGGGUAUACAGGGGUUGACAAGUACGAACAAAUAGUCUCGUGCAGGAUGAGAUGCUGUACGCGUCGUACCGGAUAAGAAGCUAUGCAGAGGUUGA